AUGGAUCACCAAAAUUGCCAGACUGCCAGCGUCCCUAUCGCAAAAGAGCAGAAAUAUGAUAGACAGCUUCGUCUUUGGGCUGCACACGGGCAACAGGCACUUGAGGAAGCCGAAAUCCUUCUUAUUAACACUGGUUCUGGAACUGUUGGUGUUGAAACAUUGAAAAAUCUUGUUCUUCCAGGUGUGGGGAAGUUUACCAUAAUUGACGACGCAAAGGUUUGUGACGCAGACCUGGGCGUGAACUUUUUCCUGGACAAGAAUAGCUUGGGAUCAUAUCGAGCCGAAUGUUGUGUUAGGCACCUCCAAGAACUAAAUCCGGAAGUUAAAGGGGACUUUCAUUCAGUCUUGGAUGUGAGAUCAUUCAAGAGUUAUCUAGAGAAUCGAUCUUUUUCUUUCGUACUUCACACUUUUCCUAUACGUCCUGAUUUGCUAGCAAUCGUUGAAAAACAUGUUGCUUCCUACAAGAUUCCAUUAAUAUCUAUUCACUCAGUAGGUUUUUACUCUUAUUUUAAAAUUAAACUACCUACUGUCCUACCUAUAGUAGAUACACACCCUGAAUUCGAGGCUACCACCGAUCUGAGGCUGCUCAAUCCGUGGAAAGAGCUCUCUGAAUAUUCCGCAAGCCUUACCAAAGAAAUUAAGACCCUUAGCGCUCAUGAACACGGCCAUAUUCCUUAUGUAGCGCUCUUGCUACAUUUUUUGGAUGAAUGGAAAAAGAUUCAUGGAACUGUCCCCUUGAAGUAUGCAGAAAAAAAGGCGUUUAAAGAGUUUGUUGCUGCCGGGGCGCGCGAGGUGGGCGAAGAAAAUUUUGAAGAAGCAAUUGCUGCUAUAAUGAAAACAAUAAAAUCUCCAUCCCUUUCGAGCUCGAUUCGGGAAGUGUUUGAACAUCUUCCUCAAGACCCUGAAUCAAACUUGAGCUUUUGGAUUAUUGCUGAUGCUAUCAAACAAUUUUAUGCAAGGCACAAAGUGUUACCUCUACCCGGAUCCUUACCAGAUAUGAAGGCAGAGUCUACUGUUUAUGUCAAACUACAGAAUAUUUAUAAGGCAAAAUCACGCCAAGAUGUUGCUGAAGUCCUUGAAUUAAUCCAAAACCAUCCUAGCUACAAAAUUGUUUCAAAGACAGACGUGGAAGACUUUUGCAAGAAUGCAGCUUUUGUCAAAUUGAUACAUCCAUCAGAUGAUACAAAAUUAGACAUAAAGGCCAUUGUUGAGAAAGAAUUAAUUAACGAUGAUCCUUCUCUAGACUUACAACCGCCUUCACUCCUUCCGAUUUAUCUAGCACUGAAGGCCACAUCUCAUGUAAGUGCGGCAAGCUCAACAGAUAUACUUGCCAUAAUUGAGGAGAAUACACCAAAAGCAGCUGCUCUUAAACGUGUCCGAAGUAUUUCUGAAGAGGUUGCUCGGGCCCGAGGAGGUGAACUACACAAUAUUUCAGCCUUUACCGGUGGCAUGGUUGCGCAAGAAGUAAUUAAAAUCAUUACAAGACAGUACAUACCUAUAGAUAACACUUGCAUAUUUGAUGGCAUUACAAGCAGGAUACAGGUCAUAAAUUUGUAG